UAUGCGCCUGUAUGCCUAGGCAUACCCAAGAUUUAGACAAAAAUACCAAUGUGUAUUCAUAUAUGUAUACCAUCCAAUACAACUUAUGGGCUCAAUUGAACAAAGCCCAGCUGCCCAGCAAGAAGCCCAAGAAUGGGAAUCGAUCACUGCCUCUAGCUCUCGCUCGUCUCGCUGCGAACUGCGCCCCGUCCGUUCCCCCUCGCUCCAGUCUGUGCCGCCGUCCUCGCAGUCCUGCCCCAGCGCGCCUCCUCAUCCGUCCUCCAGCCCUCCACCUAUCCAGCGUUCGGCAACCUCCCCAACUCCGGCAGGGGCAGCCGGGCAGGCCCCUCGCCUGUCGCCGCGACGCCGCCCCGGCACCUGGCGCCCCAACAACAGCGAGAAGGAGCCAACGCCCCUGGCGGCUUCCUGCUCCACCCUCGGCCUGCAGCCUGCAGGACUGAGUCCCUGCACCCAGGUGCACCCUCGGCCCUUCAAUUCAAGCAAGCCAGCAAGAUGAAGAAGAAGAGUAGAUUUGGAAGCACUUGAGCAUGAUCCUAGGAAGCGGAUUCCCAUCUCAAG